AUGCCCCAAAAGUCGCAUCUCUGGAACCACUUCUACGGAAACAGGACGCAUUUCCAGAAUAACCACACACAUCUCAACGCGUGGUGCAAAUAUUGCAAACCUAUGGUAGGAAAGGUGAACGUGCUCAAGUCCCACCUGUUGAAAGGGUGUCAAAAUAUACCACCCGAAGUGAAGAUUGAAGUCGACCGAAAAGUUAAAGAAGACGACACACAGAAAACGGCACUGCUUACACCACAGUCAAGCUUCUCAAGCACGAUACAAUCACUCCCAACAGAAAAUGAGAACGCUCGAGGACCAAAGCAGAGGAAAAGUAGCCCUAGCCGGAACCAAGGACAGUUUGAGGGUGAUCUCUGUGAUUGUGGACGAGUCGUAAACGAACAAGUCAAAAAGGUCGAGGAGAAUAUCAAAGUCAAGGUUGAAGGGAAGUUAGCGACAGGGCAGUGUGAUGGGUGGAAGAACGUCGCAAAAACUUCUGUUGUGACGACUGUGAUGAGCGUCGAAAACGAGCCAUACCUUGUUCGCACACAUGACAUGACUGGACAGCCAAAAACUGGGCAGCGGCUCCUUGAGCUUGUUUUGGAGGAUAUCGAAUUCAUAAGGGUGCACUUUGGGGUGGAUAUCAUUGCGUGGUGUACUGAUAAUGGGCCAGAUGGUAAGAAAAUGCGCAGACUUUUGGGGGUGAUGUUUCUGCGGCUUUUUGUUAUCGUCUGCUGGGCACAUCAGAUCAAUCUGAUUGUCGGCGACUUCUUGGGUUUGAAGGAGGAGUGCCUCAAAAGCAUGAAGGAUGCGCUCGAAGUUAUUAAGUGGUUCACGGCUCACAGCACAGCAUUAGCUCUUGUUAACGAUGAACAACGCUUCACGUACCAGGGAAAGUGGUGGGCCCUCAUCCUACCUGUUAUCACCCGAUGGACAGCCCAUUAUCUCUCGAUUUCACGCCUGCUGAAAGUCAAGCCGGCUGUGCGAUCUUGCAGCUACCGUCACCAUGACACUCUGUUGCUCUGUGCUGGCAAGGACGACAAGGCGAAAGCCGUAGCCGAUGCGAUUCUCAAGAUAGUUGCUGACGAGCAGUUUUGGAUUAAUCUAGCAAAGAUCCAGGCUAUUCUCGAGCCCCUUGCAAUUGCAGCAAAUAUCACCCAGGCCUCUCACACCCGCCUCGACCAUGUCCUUCUCACCCUCGGGAACCUCUUCCACAUCUACACAAAUGCUUCAAUUGAUGUUGCCGUCUUCUUGAACCCAUAUAUCCGGAAACGCAUUUUCCAUCCCGCUGCCGUUAUGGAGUCAUCCCUCUUUCGUGUGGUUGAGAGAGUCUUUGAGCGGGUCUUCAAACGAAGGGCAGACCUUGAUUUGUUGAAGGCAUUCACGGACUAUGCGAAGGGGAUGGAGGAGUUUUCUGAUAGGGAGAUGCACCUAGAUCAGAUGGCGGAAAUGCACGCACAAGAGAAAAAACCCCUUGAUCUUGUCUUUGUGUGGGAGCGCGUCGAUACACAGCCUCAUAAUGAGGCACCAUCUGGUCGCAACGCCCUCACCAAGCUCGCCAUUCACACACUGAGCGUUAUCGCAAACUCUGCCAGUUGUGAGCGUUCGUUCAGCAUUUUCGGCAAUAUACACACAAAAACACGCAAUAAGCUUGGUGCGGAGAAGGUUCACAAGACGGGCGUGCUGAAGAUGGCGCUUCAUCGCAGUCACGUCGAAGCAGGGCUGGUACUGAAUCGGAAAAAGCGAUCACUGUCAACAAUUGACGAGCCAACAACGUCUCAGCCUCAGACGGCCGCGACGCCCAUGGAGCAGCAAGAACAAGAUCCCAUUGAUCAUAUUCAGUCAAUUGUCGAGAAAGCCGUUGAAGCUGACAUUGCUGACAUACCCGAUGUAGAUGCCCUCCUUGACUCGAUCACUUUCCAACCUCCCCCAACUCUCUCAGCCAAUCCACCAUGA